GUUUGCGAAGCAGAAGACUCGGAUGUUAGCACAGAUUGCCUUGCUAACGUUACUAAUUUUCUGUAACCGUUAACAAGUAAACAACACCCAUGGUCAUGUAAGACAUACAUUUUUACGAGACUGCAUGUUGUUUUAAUCUUCGUAUUCCUAAUUAAAUGUGAAUUGUUCGGUUGUUCAGAUUAUUUAUUUUGCAUGGACAGGCUUUCCGUUGACUGUCAAUCUAUUAGUUAGCUACAUUAUAGCGUAUUGACCUAUUUAGAAUAUAUCUAUUGUAAACAGUAAUAGUGCGGGUUAAUUUUUUCAGACCAACUUUAGUCAAUUCACAGGUUAAACCGGAAAAAUAACAAAUCGACAUCCAGUUGUGUAUUUCAGCAUUGUCACGUGAGAGUCAGGUGAGGUGGAGGAGUGGGUUAGCUCGAGAUACUGGCUCUAAGGACCCUGAUGACAGUUGUGUGGUGUUGGAUCGAACAACAAGCAUCACCGUGAGAGAGUUGGCUGACCCUUUGACUAUCAUUAUUAACACACUUCUCUCCCAGUGUCUCUGUCAUCACUGACAGAUCGACGUGUGUGUGACCGCCACAAGCUGCCUCGUUAUGAUAAUAAACGUCUUCUGUUCUGUGUUGUCACAUACCAGGAUGGCCCAGAAGCACUGCCUGGAGGGCCAGGUGUACUCCGUGCCUCUCAUCCAGUCAGACCUGAGGAGAGAGGAGGCUAUCCAUCAGAUAGCAGACACAUUACUCUACUUGGAGACCAUCUCGACGGAUAUCUUCAGAAGGGUGUCUGACAGUGUAGAGAAGAACCGCCGCCAGCUGCAGCGUGUAACUGACCGGAUCAGACUCGCUCAGGCCCGUGUCAACAAGAUCAAAGGCAGCAAGAAGGCCACCAAGGUCUUCUCCAGUGCCAAGUACCCGGCUCCAGAUCGACUUCAGGAUUACUCAUCUAUUUUUAUUGAGGCUAUAGACCCUUCCUCACAAAAUCGUCCCCGACAAAGGAUACAGAAUAAACUCAGACCCUUUGAUGAGAAGGCCUUGCAGGAGAAAUUGCUGUAUUUCCCAGUGUGUGUGAGCAAGAAGAAGAAGUCUGAGGAUGAGACGGAGGAGGGGCUCGGCAGUCUGCCACGCAACAUCUCAUCCGUCAGCUCACUGUUGCUCUUUAAUACUACAGAGAACCUAUAUAAGAAGUAUGUGUUCCUUGAUCCUCUGGCGGGAGCAGUGACAAAAACUCACAGAACACUCGAGACAGAAAAAGAAGAGAAGCCUUUUGAUGCGCCGUUGUCCAUCACAAAGAGGGAACAACUGGAUAGACAGACGGCAGAGUCUUAUUUCUAUGUGCCAGACCUGGGUCAGGUGCCCGAGAUAGAUGUGCCAUCCUACCUGCCUGACCUUCCAGGCAUCGCAGAUGACCUCUCUUACAGCGCCGACCUCGGACCCGGCUUUGCCCCAUCAGGACCCACACACUACAUCCCUGAUCUGCCCACUUUUGCCGAGGAGAGCGAUGCACAUGCUUCUCAGCUCCAAUCUAGUGUUCCACCUCCUCCACCACCUCCCCCUCCUCCUGAGCCUGCCCUCGCUCCUGCCAUUCCUGCAGGAGCUCCCCCUCCUCCCCCGCCUCCUCCGCCUCUUCCUGUUGACGGCCCCACAGAAGUCUCACGAGCACCAAGCUCAGGCCCGGUGUCUCGUGCUUCCACCGGUGCGUCUGUGCCGCCGGACGGCCGUGCUAAUCUCCUGGAGUCCAUCCGCAACGCCGGAGGCAUCGGCAAGGCCAAGUUACGCGACGUCCAAGAGCGCAAGAUGGAGAAGAAGAAACAGAAAGAGCAAGAGCAAGCAGUGGGAGCAGCAUCUAGUGGUGGAGACUUCAUGUCUGAUCUCUUCAACAAACUCUCCAUGCGAAGGAAAGGCAUAUCUGGUAAGGGUCCAGCCGGUGGGGAUACAGGGGAAACUCCCAGUGGUACUAGCGGUGCAUUUGCCAGGAUGUCGGAUGUCAUCCCACCACUUCCUGCUCCACAUGCGACAACAGACGAUGAUGACUGGGAAGCUUAACGUGCUGGACAAUGAACACUUAAAGGGCCAGUGUGUAGGAUUUGGUGGCUCCGAGUGGUGACGUUGCAGAUCUGGAAAUCCUCUGGUUUACCAAACGUAUAUGAGAACGUUGGCCGACACAAAACUGUGAAUGGCCUCACCUAGAGCCAGUGUUUGGUUUGUCCAUUCUGGGCUACUGUAGAAAAUACAUGACUGUGCAAAAGAGUGAAGAGGAUGUAGAUGUAAACGGCUCAUUCUAAGGUAAUGACAACAAUGUUCUUACUUUUAGGUUGAUUACACAACAAUAAAAAAACUCAGACUAAUAUUAAUAAUAUUACACACUGGUCCUUUAAAGCACUGAUAAUGAAAGCAUUCAAUAGUUCUGCAUAAUAUUGUGUAGACUGGACAUUUUCCUCCUAUCACGUGACAAUAUUUUUAACUUUCAGUGUAAAAUGAACAAUAAUUGGCAGCAUAUUAAGUGCAUUGGUUUGUUUAACUAAUUUACAAAACAAUAAUAAAUAAUAUAAUAAUAAAACAGUUUAUUGAUAAUUAUUGUAAAACAAUUUCAUUAAAUCAAACAAGCGUCAUUCAAACAUUCAUAAAAACCAUGGAACCAUUUUA